AUGAGGAUCCAUUACCUCCUCUUCACAUUUCUCCUGGUGCUGCUGUCACCUCUUACAGCUUUUACUCAAAGAAUCAAAAAUCCUAUAACUUGCAUCACCAAUGGGGGCAUAUGCUGGGGUGCAUGCGGUAAAGGUUUUCGACAGAUCGGCAGCUGUGGCCUUCCUAGAGUCAGGUGUUGCAAGAAAAUAUAA